AUGGAUUUAAAUGCCCCGUAUACGAGGCUCGAAGAUCAAGACAGCCGUCAUUGCCAACUUGACGAUCCGCAAAUUGGUAAGCAAAAAAACAACAGUUCGGCUGUUCAAAUAGAAGUCGUCAGCGGUAUUGAAAACGACGUGCUCCUCGAAGAAGUUGAUUCAAGCAGAUGGAAUAAAAAUAAAGUGUUUUUCGCAUGGCUGUCCCUUUGCUUUUCAACAGGUCCAACUUCCUCAAUGAGCAAAGUUUAUGUGCCCGCAGCGGUUCAGUCUUUUGCGCACGCGCUCGGUCAUCAGAAAAACUCUCAGAACCAGUGCGCUGCGCGUGGAGAUAAUUGUUAUGUGACGUUUGGCGGCUUUGAUGUGCAAUAUACUUCUUACGUGCUGUAUCUUAAAGCCCUUUACACCGCAUUGGAAGGACUUGUAGCCAUUCUAGUCAUGACUUGUGCUGAUUACAGUAACUAUCGCAGAACUAUGUUGGCGAUAUCUGUGCUUGCUUUUGGACUGCUUGCAUGCCCAUUUGCGGCGCUUUACAAGGAAACGACUGCCUCCCUCAUCUCAGUGUCUGUAUUGUACUGCUUGAUGCUGAUAGUGGAGACGGUGUACCAGAUAAUCGAGGGUUCUUACAUCCCCGUUUUCAUGAUUGCCGCAGGUCAUUCACCAGGCCGGGACGUCACUGCUGAGGAGCCAAGUGGCAAAGCUUUGAGGCGCGGAUCAAGAGUAAGCGCACUUGGAUUAAUAAUGGGCAACUUGGGCGGUAUUAUAGCGCUCAUCAUCGGCGUGGUGAUCACUCAUGUCAGUGGUCCUUCAAACCUAUCCGGGCCUCGAAAUUUUAUGAUUGCAAUCACUAUUGCAGGGCUAAUGACAGUGACUGUCGGCUUGAUUUCAAUACCUUUUAUACCCAAUCUGCAGGGUCGAGUUUUAAAGCUCGAUGCGUCAGGGUCAAAAGUUAGAACUAUUUUGAAACUGCCAUUUGACAAGCUUAAAGAGGUUACGCAUGAUGUGCGGAAUCACAGAGAGGUUCUGAAGUAUUUGAUCGCAUGGGUCCUCUGGAACAUCUCUUUUUCCAAUUUCCUAUCCGUCAAUGCUCUCAUGUUUCGGUCUACGCUUGGACUGAACAACUCCAGUGCCGAGUAUACUGUGUGGCAAUUGAUGGGAAAUGUUAUGGCUUUACUGGGAUCAUUAGUAUGGAUGAUAAUAUACAAUUGGCAGUGCCGCCGUUUUUCUGACGCUCGGAACGUGAGUCUUAUCAAGCAGUCGCUAUGCAUCCUUUUGUUGUUUGGCUGGUUUGCGAAUUUUUGGGGAGCGCUUGGCGCCAAUCCUGACUGUCCAGUUGGUUUCAAGCACCGAUGGGAGUUUUGGGUGGGUCUUGUGUUUUUCAUGAGUACAAGCAGCGCGCUAAGAUCGAUACAUCGAGUAGUUUACAGUAGCAUGUUGCCAAAGGGAAAGGAAAAUCAAUUUUUUGGCUUAGAAAUAAUGCUAGGACUGUUGACGGGGUGGACGGAACCUCUGAUAAUCGCUGCUAUAACGAAUCGCACUGGCAAUUCGCGAUUACCAUACGUUCCAAACACAAUUUUGUUUACCGUGGCUAUUGCCUUUUUUUACUCUUGUGACAUAACCGCCGGAAUGAAACAAGUUGCAAAAAGAUAA